AUGUACUCCUGCACGUUUCUCCGGAAAUCCUCACCUUCCUUACACCGAAUCAUUGUAGUUCAAAGGCUGAACUCUCCCCCACUCUUCCACCAAUCACAACCCUUAUCUUCAUCAUCAUCCAAAGCUUCUUCUUCUUCUUCUUCUUCUUCUUCUUCGGGAUCGUUUGAUGCGUACGUUGAUGGCAGCAUAGAUAAGUUCGAUUCUUUUCUGAGAUGGGUGUCAUCUGGGAUGGUCCUGAUUGCUGGGUCUAGCUUGGCUUAUUGUCAUUGGUCAUCAUCAUCAUCCUCUUCUUCUGCUUCUGCUUCUGAUAGGAGUACUUUCUUUUCUUUAGCAGACAGCCAGAAAGAAACAAACGAUUCUGGGUCUGAGGAUUCGAAUCCCGAGAAGGAACCUAGGUAUCUCUUUGGAGAUGCAUACAGGAGAAGGAUUUUCUUUAACUAUGAAAAACGCAUCAGGAUGCAAAGUCCCCCAGAAAAGGUGUUUGAAUACUUUGCAUCUAUUCGAAACCCAGAAGGAGAGGUCUUUAUGACACCGGCAGACUUGAUGCGAGCCGUGGUUCCGGUAUUUCCUCCCUCCAAAUCAAAUCGAGUCAGAGAGGGAAAUCUGAGAGGGGAGCGCGUUCCAGGAGAUUUACAUUGUGCUCCUUCAAAAUUUUUUAUGCUUUUUGAUACUGACAAUGAUGGAUUCAUAUCAUUUGCAGAGUACAUCUUUUUUGUUACACUCCUCAGCAUCCCUGAAUCAAGCUUUUCUGUAGCUUUUAAAAUGUUCGACCUUGACAAUAACGGGUCAAUAGAUAGGGAAGAAUUCAAGAAAGUAAUGGAUUUGAUGCGAACACAGAACAGACAAGGGGCUCAGCAUAGGGAUGGACUCCGAGUUGGGCUCAAGGUUGCAGAUUCUGUAGAGAAUGGGGGCCUGGUGGAGUACUUUUUUGGCAAAGAUGGCAACACAUGCCUUAAGCAUGGGAAAUUUGUUAAAUUCUUAAAAGACUUGCAUAAUGAAAUCUUGCAAUUGGAGUUUGCUCAUUAUGACUACAAACUGUGUGGAACAAUAUCAGCCAAAGAUUUUGCCUUGUCCUUAGUUGCAUCAGCAGAUAUCAGCCACAUACACAAGUUUCUUGAUCGGGUUGAUGAACUUGACAAUGAACCACGUCUCAAGGGAAUCCGCAUCACCUUUGAAGAAUUCAAAGAUUUUGCAGAGCUACGCAAGCAACUGCAGCCUUUGUCCUUGGCCAUUUUCAGUUAUGGGAAAGUGAAUGGACUGUUGACAAAGACAGAUUUCCAGAGAGCUGCAUCCCAGGUAUGUGGCAUCUCUCUUACAGAGAAAGUGGUCGACAUAAUAUUCCACGUGUUUGAUUCAAAUCGUGAUGGAAACUUAAGCUCAGAUGAGUUUGUAAAAGUGUUGCAAAGGAGGGAAAGGGAUGUGUCUCAGCCUAGGGAGGCUGGCUUCAUGGGAUUGAUAUCUUGCUGGUUGAACUGUGCAACUAACUGCUCCUCUUCAAAGCUCCUCCUUUAA